UGUAUUUCAGACAUUUGUAACGUGACCCUGUGUGUCAACAGUUUUCUUUAGAGGAGUCAUAAUCAAAUACUCAGCCAACAGACAGCAGUCAUACGUUCGGCAAUAACGCAGGACUGCCAGGUUUUAAACUCUUCAUACUGUCGAUACUUGUGUGUGUCACAUAUGUGUUCUUAGCGACGUGUAACUGCACCCGUCAUGGUUUUUCCAAUCAUGUGACUACGGUUUACAUAAUAUAUGUACGACAUUCAGGAAGUUGUAUUUUCCACAAUGUGAAUCAUGUGAGUGAAAUUGUCCACACAUUUGUGAUGAUUGAAAGGGUUGUUAUAUAAGUCAACGACCAGAAUGCUAUGAAGCAACGAGGUUGUGGGGGAGAACAUGUCCCAUUAAGACAUCAAAGGUUGGAUGCUUAGUUUGGGCCCCCUUUUCAGGAUUUCCUCUCUAUGCAGUCAAUGGAUCGUCUCUAUGUGUAGUUUUCAUGAAUACAGAUUUCGGAAAAAGGCCGCCAAGCUGUAGGUCAUUAUCAUAUCAACAAUGAACGAAGAAGAGAAACGCGCUUUCUUCGAGUGUUUCCUACGUCUUGAGCGUCACAGAAGACAGCUUCGUGAUUUUAUCUCACUUUUAUCCUUGCAUGGUGUGAUCACUAAUAAUGAUGGCACAAGUAUUCGAAAAUCUAUAAGAACACAUUCAGACAUAAAUCUUGAGGUUAUUAAGGAUAUACCUAAUCACUGCAGCAAGGAUAGACUUCUCAAAUGUCUGAAGAUGAAUCAUAAACUGUAUAAAAAGUUCAAGAAUAAACUUUGCAAGGCAACCUCGCCUGUACUUACUCCGCAAAGUAUAAACCCAAAUGGCGCAAGAGAAACAUACAUGAAUAACUUCUAUGAGGUGUUGAAAGCCAAAGCAUUGAAGAGUGGAGAACUAGAGUGGACUACAGAUUUUCAACGAUGGGCCAUUCAACUUUCAUGCACACUCCAAAGCUUGCCCUGUGGUAGCGACAAACGCAAUGUCGCAGACUGCUAUUUUGUGUUACUGGAUUUACAAGCGGUAAUCGAGAAACAGCACAAAGCUGAUAAAACCCAGCUUUGGAAGCGUCCGGUGUUUCAGGCAAUGGAAUCCAUUCUUUGUGAAACAUCAAAUCCUUCCUUGUCAAGGCUCAUAUUUCAAUCUCGAAAGGGGACUGCAUGUGCACAGUCUAGCGAAUAUGAAGAAACAUUGAAAUACGCCUCUCUUGUGUUGUGUGACGUUGCUAUGUUUUCGAGUGGGAAACAAAUAGGAAGCUGCAUAUUCGCGGUCGUAAAUAUGUACUUACAAUACUACAGUUACCUCUGUAAAGCCAAUAGGCUUGUGGAGGCAAAUGAGUGCAAAAAGCAGAUCCUGCACUGGAUUGACGUUGGAUAUCUUCAGUUCGCAGACGAGGAUAAAGAUGUGAUAAAGACUUGGAGAAGAGUAUAUCUGGACAAGAAAAUAUACUGUCACCUUGGGAUCGAUAUCUUAUCUAGGGAUAUCCAGGGUACUAUAAUAUCAGACGACGAUAUGGAAAAAGCAACACAAUGUCUUCAAGAAAUGGAGGCACUAAGAGAUGGAAUGGAGAGGUUGAGGUUAUUGCAUUUUUUCAUUGCGCACGGAAAAUUGAAUAUGUGCAAGGGAUAUACAUUGGCUGCGAAAGGCUAUUAUGAAGAGGCGUUGAAACUCGCAUAUGAAGGGAAAUUCCAUUCCGAGGUUGCAGUUUUGAAAGAACGUUUUUUCCCACCGUGUGGCAAGCCCGGGGAGGAAAAUGCGCUUGGCAGGCCCGGGGAGGAAAAUGAUGAACUUAGUCCACCUGUGACAUCAUCCAUUUCUGAACCUUCUGAAGACAAUGAGGAAGACUCAGUCAAAAGUAUUAUUACACAGGUCCAGAAAAAACUUAAUAUCAAUGACGAUAACGCUUACUUGAACGUUAAUAAUUAAGCAUAAUUUUGUAUAGUCUUUAGAUCACGCCGUUACUGUAAAAUGAUCAUGGUCAAGUGAAACUACAUAUAUAAAAUAUGUGCCAGUUGGAUUUUCAGUAGGAGUUGUUGACGACGAUUGGCGAAUUGAUCUAUCUGAAAUUAACGUUUUUAUCUUGACCUUACAAAGAAAUUGAGUGAUACAGUGGAGAUAUCACAUUUCCUUUAAUAAAGAGCAACAUAGAUAACGCAUACAUGGAUUUUAGAUCUUUGUUCAUAUGGACAUCUACUUAUACAUGUACAUAUUGUUUUACAUAAUUUUUUAGAGUAAAUCAUAAAUCAUAUUUCAUUACACAGUUAUUGACUGUAGUAAGUAAUUGUGGAUAUGAUGUGAUAUAAACAUGGAAAAGUGAUAUUGACUGAGGCGGAGCCGAGUUCAAUAUCAGUUUUAGAGCAUAUCAGAAAAAUAUUUGUUUAUACCUUCCCAUGGUGCAGUCAAAAUAUUUGACCCAAGGGGGCAAUAGUUGACAACGUGUUAUAAUGCACAAGGCCGAAGGCUGAAUGAAAUGUAAUGCAUAGUCAACUACAAUCACCGAUGGUUUAACGUUUUUGACUUUACAACUGGAAGGCAGCAAACAACCUGUAUUACAAAUACAUGAAUAUGCAUAAUAUGAAUCACACAAUGUUUAACUUCAUGGACCUUCAGCAAUAUUCAUUGGCGGUAGUUCAAUAUCAAUUAUCAUCGAAAAUUAUAAUGGAAUAUUGGACACAUUCCAGUUCUACUUUAAUACCCUGCAAAAAGCUGGUACAAGUCGUCCGCAGUAGCGCAGAGAAAACCCCUUGCAAUUUUGACAGCCAGACGACAGAUACAUAAGGUGAAAGAACAACGUAGUCAAUGGCAGUUGAACGCUUGAAUCAACGUCUAUUUGGAAUAUUGUAACGCGACGGUUACUUCACCUUGCAUAUAUACUGGUCACGCGACACUGCAUAACAAAUAAUAUAUUGCAAGGUCACAUGACCAUUUAUUAGCGCAAUAUAACAUUUUACAGAGCAAUAACCCUAUAUAGUGAAAUAACAAAUAGCGGAACACGUUUGGCUUAUGAAGAUAUAUAUAACAAAGCAGUGUAUUAUGUCAUAAAUAUAUACAGAGCUUUGUUUUUAAUAAAUACGUAAAACUAAAAUUAUUUGUUCCGGUGAUAAAUAACUAAAUUUUGACAUCAAAAAAACAUUUGGAGAAACUUUAAAGCGACUUCAUCCCAAAAACUGUUUCCCAUUUCCAAAUUUGGCUUGUGACAGCGUCGCAUUAAUAUUUAAGCGAGUAGCGAGAAGUAAAUUUUACCACAGCAUUUACGCUAGUACCCGACAUGAAUGGGUUCAUAAAAUCGGGUCUAAUGCUAUUCAUGGAGUUAUAUAUUGUCCAUAGGUAGCGAUAGCGAUUAAAUAUAUCUGCAUUUAUUGUUUAUGUUACAUACAUUUACGUAUCGUGUAAAAUAAAGGGAAUCAAUGUCAAGAUCGAGCACUGACACCCACACCUUCGGAGGUCAGUUAAUUUUGUGAAAAUAUUAGCAUCAACUUUUGAUUGCUAUUAUUAACAAAAUGUAAAUGAAUAAAUAAUCAAGAUGGUAAAUUACUUGAA